UCUCUCUCUCUCUCAUCUCUUCGCAUCUCUUCGCUGUCCUCUUAUAUGUUGAUGGGUGGUGGUGGGUGGGCAGUCUGGGAAGCGUGCCCAGCCACACAGGUUCCACCAUCACUGUAGAUAGAGUUUCGGAGGCAGCAAUGGAGCUCGAAGGCAACCAGCAGCUGCCGGGCAGUGAUGAUGUGGAGAAGAAGAAGGUUGCCUCGCUGAGGGCCUUGGUGGAGGGCCAAGUUCCAGCUGCCAAGGAAGUAGAUGAUCUAAUGCUAAGAAGGUUUCUGCGUGCACGUAAUCUGGAUGUCGAGAAAGCCUCGGCCCUAUUCCUAAAAUACCUCGAAUGGAGAUGUACAGCAGUACCAAAUGGUUUCAUCUCUGAGACUGAAAUCAAGAAUGAGCUUUCUCACAAGGAAGUAUUCACACAGGGAUUCGAUAAGUUGGGGCGCCCCAUAGUUGUUUAUCAUCCCGCUAAACAUUUCUGCUCCAACCGAGAGAUGGAUGAGUUGAAGCGUUUUGUUGUGUAUAUUCUCGAUAAACUAUGUGCCAGAAUGCCUACAGAUCAGGAGAAGUUCACAUGUAUUGCAGAUCUUAAUGGUUGGGGCUACUCAAACUGCGAUAUCCGGGGUUACCUUGCAUCUCUAGACAUCUUACAGAAUCGCUACCCGGAAAGGCUAGGCAAAGCAUAUCUAAUCCAUGUACCGUAUAUUUUCAUGAAGGUUUGGAAGAUCUUAUAUCAAUUUCUCGAUAAGAAUACCAAGGAAAAGUUUAUCUUCAUCGAGAAUAAGGAUCUGAAAGCUACACUACUAGAAGAAAUUGAUGAGAGUCAACUCCCCGAGAUAUAUGGAGGAAAGUUGCCAUUGGUUCCAGUUGAAGAAUCCACAAUCUAAUCCAUUGUUUCCAGCAUUGGAGAUACCAAAGCUGUUGAUAGAAAUAUAUACGAGUGCAAACAUAAGCUCUUAUGCUUUCAUAGCUUAUCGUCAACGUAGAAAGCAUUGCUGCUGCCUGACUUACCAAGCUGAGGAUAUCUUUGGCAAUUUAAAGGACAACUGAGAACUGCUGAUCACAAAGCUGUGUUGUUUGCUUCUGUUGACACAAAUUUGCUUCUGAGCACAAAGCUUUGCGUUGUUUUCAUUUUUCAUGUGUUACUUGGCAAAAUCAAAUGCUUGAAUGAAAACAAACAAUCAGUAUAUUGGAAUAUUCA